AUGCAAACUCUGAUUUUGAUUCACGUUUAACAGUAGUAACAAGAAUGGAAUCUUUUGGUAUUACAAGAAGUUCGCAAUUUAAUUGGUUAAUAAUGUACAAAAAGACCAAAGUUGAUGGCGGGUUUGAAAGAGAUUCCGAAGAAGAUAUUCUCAAACAAAUGAAUAAAGUUCCUUUAUUCAUGACUGAAUUACCAGAAGAAGAAAAUGAUGCACUUGCGGCUUUACAAUCUUUAGUUUAUGAGGGUCCACCUGAAGAAGUUGCAGAGAAUUUUAAAAAUCAGGAGAAUGAAUAUUUUAAAGCAGGAAAAAAAGAUGCAAUAAAUUUUUACACGAAAGUAUUAGAAACAAAUUGUCAAGACAAUAAAAUCAUUAAAGCAUGUUUAACAAAUCGUGCAGCUGUUAAUUUAGAAUUACAUUGUGCGAAAGCUAUUAAAUUAAAACCUCAAAAUAUCAAGGCAUUUUAUCAUUCUGCAAAAGCUUUAUAUGCACUUGAUAAAAUUGAUCAAGCUUUAGAUUGUUGUGAACAUGGAAUUGAAAUAGAGCCAAAUAACUUAGCCUUACAACAAUUAAAAGAGACUUGUAUUAAACGAAAGGAGAUAUUGGAUCAAAAGCUAAAAUUAAAGAAGAGUGUAAACGAAAAAAACGAGAGAAAAAAGAGAUAUUAG